AUCCCCACCCCGAGGGUCCCGGGAGGCGGGAGGGAGAGGCUAUGCUGGGGGGGGCCCGGGAUAGGCUAGGGAGGCUGAGAAAGGAGGCCCAUGGAGAAGGCUAAAGGGGCCUCCACCUUGCUCCCUGAGCGGGCUGAAGCACGACCCCGGGGGAUCCUGAAGGACCCCAGUUCCACCGUGAUGAUGAAAAUCUUGCCUUCCGAGAAGAAGAAGUCUCAGCACUGGGAUGAGAUGAACAUCCUGGCUACGUACCACCCGUUGGGGAAGGACUAUGGCUUCAUGGAGGUUGAUGAGCCCAACACCCCGUUUUGCAGGUCGCAAGACAGCAGUGAGGACCUCAGCGCGGGGACAUCCCAUGCUGUGACCCCCGAGUCACUGGCUGAAAGGUUUGCAGCCGUGAAAGGUCUACCCCCGAAGGUCCUCCUGGUCGGCGACAACAGUAGCUCAGACUCCAGGGACAGCUCCAGUGUAUCAAAGCCUUCAGCUUCCAAGGAAUUCGAGAAGCUGCGCAAAUCCCACUACGAUGAGGGCAAGUUCCUGAAAGGCCAAAGGCCCAGGCUGGACGAGGAAGACGAGGAGCCGCGUGAGUGGGACUUUGAACGUCGAAGGAGAGCUUACUAUAGCAAAGGCCAGUACCUCAGGUCCGGAUCCAGCGUGGCACCCGAAGGCUCUUCCGAUGAAGACGCCAAUGAGAACUUGACCGGUACUUGCGGCAAAAAGAAGAAAGAGAAAGGACGGGAGGCCCACCGGGUUGGGCAGGACAGCUCCCGGAAGGUGCCGGCGAAGUCGGGAGGCCCAUCGCAGCCCAGCUCUGCCCCCUCCUCCUCCCUCCACACCUCCCGCCCCAAGUCUAGUGGUAGCCGGCUCAUGGCCAGCUGGUUCCACUGGCUGGAGACGAAGGGGCUCAAAUGGCGGGGCCCGGGUGAGACGGAGAAGGAGGAGGGCAGCAGCCAGGCAACGUCGCAGACCAAGCAGCCUACUGCCACCUCAGAGAGAGUUCUGCUUCGUCGUCUCGAUGGGUCCCGCCCACGCUGAGCUCAUGGGGACUCCGGUCCCCCAACAUCCGUCCGCACCCCUGCUCACCCACCACCCCCGAAACAUCCCACUGCAUCUGUGCUGGAGCCAGGAGGAGGAGGAGGAGGAAGAGGAAGAGGAGAGGUGGCCCCGGAAGACUGAUGGGGGUGGGGACUCUCCCCCAAAGCCAAGAACAGUGGAGAAAAACAGAUAAUAAAGAGACAAGAAGCAGG